AUGAGGACUGGAGGAUACACUUUCCAACAGUCUCUAACUUCUGACGCAGCAAGCAUUUUGAAACAGGCAGUUGGACUUGCUAGAAGGCGAGGCAAUGCGCAGGUUACUCCUCUUCAUGUGGCGAGUGCCAUGCUUGCUUCUUCCGCCGGUUUGUUCCGAAGGGCUUGCCUUCAAUCACAUUCUCAUCCCCUUCAAUGCAAAGCCCUCGAGCUUUGUUUCAACGUAGCGCUUAAUCGCCUUCCCACAUCUGCCUCUAGCCCUUUGCUCGGCCCUCAAUCCCAUCUCCCUGUGCUCUCCAACGCGCUGGUGGCCGCCUUCAAGCGCGCACAAGCCCACCAGCGUCGGGGCUCCGUCGAAACCCAGCAGCAGCAGCCCAUAUUAGCCCUCAAAGUAGAGGUAGAACAGCUUGUCAUCUCCAUUCUAGAUGAUCCAAGUGUUAGUAGGGUCAUGAGGGAAGCUGGUUUCUCCAGCUCCCAAGUCAAAACCAAUGUAGAACAAGCUGUUUCUUUAGAGAUUGGUACUAAUCAGUCCAAAGAAACCACUUCCAAACUUCUAGUUCUUGGAAAUACUGAACCCCAAAUGACUAAUAUUCAAGUACAAAAUGAUGAUGUCAUGAGUGUUGUGGAAGCAAUGAUGAACAGGAAAAGGAAAAACACUGUUAUUGUAGGGGAGCGUUUGGCCAUUGCUGAGGCAGUAGUAAAAGCAGUAAUCCAUAAGUUUGACAAGAAAGAUGUACCUUUAGAUAUGAGGUUUGUACAAUUCAUAAGUGUUCCCCUUUUCACUCUGAGAAAUGUCUCUAGACAAGAAUAUGAAGAGAAACUUGGAGAGCUUAGGUCAUUUGUUAAAAGUUCUGUAAGUAGAGGAAUUGUGUUGUAUUUGGGUGAUCUUAAUUGGGUUUCUGAGUAUUGGUCUAAAUAUGGAGAGCAAAGGAAUAUCGGCUACUACUGUCCUGUGGAAUGCAUGAUAAUGGAGAUCAGUAGACUGGUAUCUGGAGAUGGAGAGAAUAAAAAAUUGUGGAUUAUGGGCACUGCAACUUUCCAGACUUACAACAAAUGCAAAAAUGGCAGCCCUUCUUUAGAGACUCUUUGGAACCUUCACCCUCUUACAAUGCCUGUUGGCACCUUGGCUCUCACUCUUAAUCUUGAGAGUGAUUUGCAACUCAAAAGAAAGUCGCCGCUCGAUGGUUCCAACGUGCUAUUUCAGAAAGCUGGAGUCCAGAAGCACCUCAAUUGCUGCUCAGAUUGCAUGGUGAACUUCAAAAGAGAAGCAACAGGCCUAAUGAAUGACAACAUGAAGUCCAAUACCACUUGUUCUAGCUCAAGCUUGCCUUCAUGGCUCCAACAGUACAAGAAUGAGAACAGAAAAGAAACCGACGCUGAUCAGGAAUAUUAUAAAAUCAAAGAUCUUAGCAAGAAAUGGAACUCAAUCUGCAAGUCCGUCCACAGGCAACCACAUUUUCUUGAAAAAAUGUUCAAUUUUUCAUCAUUAUCACCUUCUUCAUCUGGGUCAAUAUCUUCCAAUAGUAAGAAAAAUUCUAAGCUGCAUCCAAGCCUUCUAGAGUGGCGGCCGACAACUUUUGAACAAAACCAAUCACCUGAAGAACACCAUUUCAUUCUACACACAAAUGAGGGUGAAGUUUCUUGUAAACCAGUUAUAAAACCUGACCUUUUAUCAAAUCCGAAUUCAAGUCCUAAUUCAGCUUCCUCUAGUGAAGCAACUGGAGAUCAUAUGGACUUCUUGCUUAAGUUCAAGGAGUUCAAUCCAGAAAUAAUGAACAUUCUUUGCAAUGCAUUGGAAAAGAAAGUUCCAUGGCAGAAAGACAUUAUUUUUGAUAUCGCAAGUACGAUUCUUAAAUGUCGAUCAGGAUUGAUGAAGACGAAAAUCAAGAAAGAACACGAACACAAAGAAAAUCGAGAAGAAACUUGGCUGUUGUUUUCAGGCAUUGAUUCUGAUGGCAAAGAGAAAUUGGCAAAAGAAAUUGCCAAGAUAAUAUUUGGUUCUCAAGAAAACUUUGUUGAGAUUAGUCUGAGCAAAUUCUCAUCAGCAGCAAGAGAUGAUCCAACAGAAGAAGUCAGCAAGAAGAGGAAAAGAGAUGAACACGGUGGAAGUUUUUUUGAUAGAUUUGCAGAUGCUGUACGAGAUAAUCCUAGCCGCGUAUUUUUCAUGGAAGAUGUUGAUCAACUAGAUUAUCAUUCCCGAAAAGGAAUCGAAAGGGCAAUUGAAAAUGGAAGUAUUACACUUUCAGAUGGUGAUUCUGUUCCACUUAAUGAUGCAAUUAUCAUUUUCAACUCUGAAAAUUUCAGCUCAGAAUCAAGAACUUGUUCUCCUCGUGCUGAACAAAAAUGUGACAAAAUAGAGAAAGAUCAAGAAAACGGUGAGGACUUGAAGCAGGAAUGUGCCUUGUUGGAUCUAAAUAUUGCAACAGAAGAUGAAGAUUCAGUUUUUUAUCAUGGAAUUUUGGAUUUGGUGGACAAAGAAAUUGUUUUCAAAAAACAAGUACUGUAA